GAUUAGUUACGUGUGAUACAUUUUUCUGCGAAUUGAUUCUUUUUUCUCAAGCCUGUAUGCCCAUACUCUAGACAUUCUAAAGAGUACUAUCAUGGCAAAAAGAGACGAGGACAUCAAGAGUUCUGAUCAAAUCAAUUGGGUCAACAAAGGUAAUUAGAAUUUCUGGGAACCAAAAAAUUCCCAUGAUGUGACUUGUGUACCUGGGGACGAGCAUCCCACCGGUGAUGUGGACUAGAUUGUGAGUAGCUUGAGCUGAGGGGUAAAAAACGCUAAGGAAGCGGUCGGUGACUUCAUCUUUGGCGACCGUCGAUCUUUUUUCUUCCACCUACUAAUAAGUCCUUCACAUCCUCCCUCCUAUCCCAUUUUCUCCUUUCCUUUUCUUUUUCUCUCCACGGGAUUAGUAUCCUAGCGAUCCGAACCCGGUCUCUUUCCAGUUGGGUUUUCUAGACUUGCCUCGACUAAAUUCAUUGGCGGUUCCGGCUCCUCCACAGCGACAGCUACUUCCAUUAUUUAUCCUGCUGCUGAAUAGUUCUGUCACACAACUGCUGCAGAUAUCGCGCAUCGCACAUUCACCCCACAACCAUGUCUACCCCAACCAGUCCCGUGGACCAGAAGCUCCCUCAUCGGUCGUCGACCCUCACGAGUUCCAUUGCUCCGGACCGCCGAGCCUCUAUGAGUGAUGAUGAGGCCAUCCCGGACUCUGAUAGCAGCGAGACCACAAGUCUGCUCAACGAGCGUUUGCGCGCUUUGAAGCAUAUGUGUGGCUAUCUGGAGGACUAUGUCACUGUGACUUCGAAGGUACAGAAGUCGCAUUCGAAGGACUAUGAGAAAGUCCUCAAGACCGUCAGUGAGCCGCUGAGGGAAGGUCAUCACUUUUCCCAAAACACUGGCGGCGUGGCUUCCAUGUUUGAGAACAUCCGCGCUAAUACUCAGGGAAUGGUGAAUAUGUACCUCGAGACGGAGAAGAACUUGAAGGGAACCGUGUCUCCAACCUUGGAGCGUCUUCAUAAGGAAAUCAAGGCCAAGUCGAAGGAGCUUGCCAGUGGUGCUUCCAAGAGCGCAAAGGCUGUGGACAAGGCCCGAGCUGUCACCCAGAAGCAUAUUGAGCUCCUUGCCCAACAAACCGCAUCUAUGGAUGCUGCCGCAGGAAACAAACUUGAACAAUACCAUGACCCUUACAUCUUGCGCCGGGGUGUCAACCAUCGUCUCAACAAGCAAAUCAUCGAGGAGAACAACAACCGCAAGGAUAUCAUUGCUGUACAGAAUAACUUCCAGCAGUUCGAGGCCCAUGUUCUGCAGACCGUUCAGGGGGCCAUGGAGCAAUUCGUCCAGAUCGUCUCUGGCCAGCUCGAGCAUCAGGGCACUAUGUAUCAGGAUAUGCUGGGUUCCGCUCAGAAGAUCCCCCCUGAUUUCGAGUGGGUCAACUUCAUCACGAAGAAUGAUGAUGUCCUGAUCAACCCGGAUGCACCCCCGAGGACCCUCUCCAACAUCACUUUCCCCAACAUGGAUCAUCGUGCAACCAAGGCACUGAUCGAAGGGUCCUUGGAACGCAAGUCCCGUGCCAUGCUUAAGGGCUAUAGCUCUGGCUACUACGUUGUCACCCCUGCGCGGUACCUCCAUGAGUUCAAGGAUGACGACGACUUCCGCCGCGAUCCGGCUCCAGAGUUGUCCCUAUACCUUCCCGACUGCGUCAUUGGCGCGAUCGACGGCGUCAAGUUUAGCGUGAAAGGCAAGGAUGUCUCGGGCAGCAAAGUCGGCAACGCCUUCCACACCACCACUGAACUGAACUUCAAAGCACACACUGCCAACGACGCCGAAAAAUGGUGGACCGUCAUUAAGGAUUGCACCCGUGGCCCGGUGCAUACCGCUGCCGCUGUUGCCGCCGCCCCCACAUCCUCCCAGCCUGCAAGCCCUGCCGUCGCCAAUCCCCCGGCUUACAGUGAGAAGGCAAAUGAGGCAACGAGCCCCGCCCAGGCCACGAGCCCCGCUGAGGCUACGGCUCCCCAAAGCGCAACUCAGGCCACAGCCCCUGAGAGCGCAACUCAGGCCGCGCAACCUGCACAGCCUGCUGCAAGCGAGGCAACUGCUCAAUCCCCUGUCUCCCCCCCUGCAGUGUCUCGAACCGCUAGCACGGCCAGUGGACACUUCCAUACUGCUCCGGGCGGAACCGCCACUACCGGCGACAAAGCAUAAGUCAGCCCAUUACUUUUCUAUAUCUAACUUGGAUAAUUUGCCUAUAACGGUUACUAUAAUAUCUUUCCUUCUUGAAAGCAGAGAUUUAGCGAUAUACUUUCUUUUCAGAACGCUAUUGUUCUCGUCUAACCUAUUAUCCACUUAAGCAAAUUGCUAUAGGUUUGGUACCUAAAUUCCUUUCUUGUUGUAAAAAUUUUAAUUAGUUCAUAAUAAUCAAUUGGUCGAACAAUGCUUGCUGGGUCCGCUAAGUUGAGUAGUCCUCAGUACACAAUUUCUGCUCUGUCCAAACACAUAAUCGAACACGGCCUUCAUAAAUCACGAGGUUGAAUGACAAGACGCUUCGAGACGGGAGUAUCGAUCAAAAAUGGAAUCAUAGGCUAAAAAAAAAAAAAAAAAAAAAAAAAAAAAAAAAAAA